AUCCUAUAUAAGUUCUUCUUAUCCUUCCUCACCAUAUCUCGAACAAAGUGUUAUCACCAACAACAUCAAAAACUUAGAGAUUAAAAAAAAGAAGAGAGAAAAGAAUGGGAGAUGAAGCAAAGGCAAAAGUGUUAGUCUUCUCGUUUCCUAUCCAAGGACACAUAAACCCUCUCCUCCAAUUCUCAAAACGUCUAAUCUCCAAAAACGUCACCGUCACAUUCCUCACCACUUCCUCCACUCACAACAACAUCAUCCGCCGUGCCAUCUCCGGGGGAGCCACCGCUCUUCCACUCUCUUUCGUCCCCCUCGACGACGGCUUCGAGGAAGGCCAUCCAUCUACCGACUCCUCUCCCGAGUACUUUGCAAAGUUCCAAGAAAACGUCUCUAGGAGCCUCUCUCAACUCAUCUCCUCGAUGGAACCCAAACCAAACGCCGUCGUAUACGACUCCUGUACGCCUUGGGUUCUCAACGUUUGCCGGGAACAUCCCGGCGUCGCCGCGGCUUCGUUUUUCACUCAGUGCUCCACCGUGAACGCGAUUUAUGUUCAUUCCUUGCGUGGAGCGUUUAAGGAGUUUCAAGACGACGUCGUCUUGCCUGCGAUGCCUCCGUUGAAGGGUAGUGACCUGCCUGUGUUUCUGUACGACAAUAAUCUUUGCCGACCAUUGUUUGAGCUGCUUAGUAGCCAGUUCGAGAAUGUUGACCACAUUGACUUCUUCUUGGUUAACUCUUUCGACGAACUCGAAGUUGAGGUGCUAGAAUGGAUGAAGAAACAAUGGCCGGUCAAGAACAUAGGACCAAUGAUUCCAUCAAUGUACUUAGACAAACGACUAGCAGGCGACAAAGACUAUGGACUCAGCCUCUCUAGUGCUCAAAACGAAUGCCUUGACUGGCUUGACUCAAAGCCGCAUGGUUCAGUGAUCUACGUCUCUUUCGGAAGCAUAGCAGUUUUAAAGGACACUCAAAUGAUUGAAGUCGCAGCUGGUCUAAAACAAACCGGCCAUAAUUUCUUAUGGGUGGUUAGAGAAACAGAGACGAAGAAGCUACCAAGCAAUUACAUAGAGGAACUUGGUGAGAAAGGACUGAUAGUGAAGUGGAGUCCACAAUUAAAGGUUCUUGCACACAAAUCGAUUGGUUGUUUCAUGACGCAUUGCGGGUGGAAUUCAACUUUAGAGGCAUUGAGCUUAGGAGUGGCUUUGAUUGGAAUGCCGGCUUAUAGCGACCAGCCGACUAAUGCUAAGUUUAUAGAGGAUGUGUGGAAGGUUGGGGUUAGGGUAAAGGCAGAUAAAGAUGGGUUUGUCACGAAAGAAGAGGUUGUGAGAUGUGUUGGAGAAGUUAUGGAGGAGAUGUCAGAGAAAGGGAAAGAGAUUAGAAAGAAUGCUUUGAGAUUGAUGGAGUUUGCAAAAGAAGCUUUGUCUGAAGGGGGAAACUCUGAUAAUAAUAUUGAUGAGUUUGUGGCUGAAAUUGCUAAGUAACAUGAUCAUAUCAAUAUGUGAUGCUCAGCUUAAUAAUGUGUUUUGAAAAUUUUAAAAUAAAAUAAUUUGUUGUUUGAGCUUUAGAAAACUAAGAAGUUUAUAAUACAGUUUGUGUGUUUUUGGUUUGUAGUUGCUUCUGAGUUGGUUGCAGUAUGUACAAUUUGAAAAUGAUUGG